AAUCAGCUGUGUUUAGUCAACAAACCGACCACGAGAGUCCAACGUUCUACAAUCCACAGUCUCCGGAGACUUGAUUUCCUAUCUCCGACUGCUAAUCCAAUUUGAAAGAAGUAUUUUUGUAGUCCUGCAGGACCCACGCGACAAAGUUAACGCAAGAAUGUCCCACAAACUAGUUGCAUGCAUGCUUAACGUCUCGGAGGCAAGGAAUAAAAACGUCGUUGAGAAAAUAGCAGGAGCCGCCUUGUCUGCUGUCAAUCCACCGGCUAUUCGCCCUGUAACUUCCGAAUGGCGUAUUAAUGCUUCUGUCCUAAACAUAUUUCGAGAUUAUGACUACAAUCGCUCCGUUAUAACAGUAGUAUCCAAUACAGAUUUAAUUGGAGCUUCUCUAGAAGCUGCAUGUAAGACAGCAUAUGACUUAAUAGAUUUAACAAACCAUGAAGGGGUCCACCCUAGGCUUGGUGCUGUUGAUCUUGUGCCCCUUCAUCCAAUUACAGAGAAUACUUGCCUCAAAUCCCUGGGACGUGUUGCAGGUGAUCUAGCUGGUCGCCUGACGGCGACUGUUCCAGGCACCUCGGCGUUCCUCUUCGGCUCCGGAGACCCUGAGAACCGCGGGCUCGUCCAGCGCAGGAAGGAAGUCGGAUGGUUCCGGAAGCCGGUUCGCUACGAGAAACUCGUCCAUGACCUCGGCGCGCCACCGUCAGCAAGAUAUGGGCUAACCGGAAUUGGAGCCAUCCCCUACAUGAUGAACGUGAACGUUACCUUGGACACUGACGACGUCGCCCUUGGUCGUCGGGUUGCAGCUGCCAUCAGGGCAACAUCUGCGGAUGGUCUCCCAGGUGUUCAAGCCAUGGCUUUUCCCCACGAGGGACGAAUAGAGGUCGCCUGCAACGUUGAUCUCAUACCAGCUGAAACUGUUUCCGACACAUCAAAUAUGAAGCCGUCUCUUGGCGGGAAGUACUUUUACACACCGGCUGAGGUUAUCCGUGGUCGAAUUUUGGCGGAGGCUGGUGGCGUACAAGACGCAGGAACCAUCCUUGUGGGCUUCACUCCUGAGGAGAUCCUUUCCAGAGCACUUCAUGCCCUCACCAACGCCCAUGACGAGGCCUGGAAGAUGAUGGAGAAGAGGAUGAUGUAGAAAAGUAGCUUGGGUGUUAAUGGAUAAAACUGUCUGAAUAAUUGCUCAAAAUAUGUAUUACUUGCCGUGCAGAAAGAAGAAAGAGAGAAAAGAAAUAUGUUGACUGGGUAGGUAACCAGUAUUUCAUAUGAAGUUGAACAGUAAAAGAGAAUAAUGAAAUAAACAGAGGUCAAUCGAUGAGAGAAUAAAAAUGGAAUAAUGCCUGUUUGGGAAAUGCAUGGUGCUUUUAUCUGUCGUAAAGUCGUGUGUUGUGUAGAGUGUUUUAAUUGUGGCUUUCCGUGAAACUGUAGUUAACUACGUCAUGAAGUCUGUCUCAGGGUCAAAUGUGAUCACUGUAUUUUCAUCAGUGCUUUUUGUAAUGGCUGUUGUUCAUUGUUGUAGACUGCAGGGAAUGAAUUUCACCCGUUUCAUAAAAUGUUAUGGAAUUUAUAGAAACUUAAGCCUGUAAGGAGAGAUCAUUUGCUAAGGCAUGCAUGAAAAGUUAGUUUAUAACUGUUUGCCGAAGAAGGAAUACGUUUGUUUAAUUUAGAAUCUAGUCAUGCAUCUCACUUCUCGGAGAGUUCACCCCCACGGUGUUUUUAAUUGAGAGAUGACAAUUGAACCAGGGUAAUGUUAAAGAAGUUGGAGAGCUAGAUGGAGAAAGAACUGAGGGAACUGAACGGAAAACGAUUGACUAAAGUUAAUGGAGUUGGAACGGAAAUUUUACCGGUACUGCAAAUCCUUUUACUUCCAUAUGUAGUGUACCAUUAAAGACACGCUGUGUAGUGCCUCCCUGCGAUGCUUCUUGAUUAAGGAACAGCCAUUAGUGGAGUUGAUUAAUUGAUUGAUUUAAAGUUCUCUUGAACCUUCAAAUCAAACGUCAUUAACGCCGAUACCAUAUUUGUCAAUGUGAUGAUAACUCUGUUCAUCUAAAUUAUUUUGUUGUCAUUCAUAAUACAUUAAGAAGGACACACCUGCUGAUCAUUGUUUUCCUGUGUGGUGUGUCAGCGAGCAUCUGUAUAACUUUACGAGACUUUGGGAUUGGUUAACGUGAUAGAAGGACAAGACUGUGGAAGUUCUCUGUUCAUGUGGCUGCUAGAUUUCCUUUUCUUUGUGCGAGGUACCUUGAAAGUGUGUGUGUCUACACGCAUGUUUAUUUUUUAUUUAUUUGCCUGUCUGCUUUCGUAUAGUUUGUCAUUAAAAUAUGUUGAUGGACUCCCUCUCUCAUGUAGAGAAGGCCUUUGUAACCAUAAAAUGAUUUGAUGAAUAUACGAAAAGAAACGAGGUAGACAAUCUCGUGUAUCAAAAAUAGAAAAAAAAAUAUUGAUGAAAUAUUAUAGCAUGGUUACAGUCACCCACAGGUGUAACAUUCUUGGUAAUUACUUUUGGAAAUACAUGAAGCCUAUUUUGAAGAUGAGGUCUAAAAUCCAAGUAACAUCUGUGGAUGGUUUGUCAUCAGUUUUUCGGAAAAUACGUGCCCUGACUAGUAAAUACAGUGUCAUGUAGUGUGCGCGUGUUACCCUUGGAGAGAAACCAUGUCACCUCCUGCAACUUUUUACGUUGUAUUUAUCCUCGGUGCUGGUGUCAUGUAUGACUAACCUUACCUUUGGACUAAUAUAUCUCUGAUCAGAUAGUAUCCAGUUGUGAUCUCUCCCAUGUCGUUCUUAAAUUUCUUUGUAGGCUCAUAGUUUUCACAAGAGGCAACGAACAUUUUUAUUGGAUUCGCAAAUUUUGGGCGUGCAAUAAAGAUUUUUGACAUAGCACAUAA